AUGAUGACUGUUGAACUUGUCUGGGCUAUGGCUUGGGGGUGGCAGUUGAUGCUUGUUGGGCUGGCUAUUGGGCCUGUUUUUGUUGGAGUUAUGGGUCUGCAGACGGGUUUGAUGGCCAAGUGCGAGGUGCGCAAUAAGAGGGCUUGUGAGGAGGUUGCGAGGGUGUACUACGAGUCGAUUCUCAACGUCCGUGGUAUUCGCGCUAUGUCUCUUGAACCUGUUCUUCAGGCUCAAUUCGACAAGGCCGCUUCGCAGUGUCUUUCCACUGGUGUACGCGGUGCAUUCGUCGAGGGGUGUUCUUAUGGUGUAGCCAGUGCUCUCAUCUAUUUGGCCGAAGCGCUUCUCUUCUACGUCGGCGCUGUCCUCAUCGCCAAGGGCACAUACACAUACCUCCAAAUGUGCCAAGUCCUCAACCUCAUCGUGUUCACCGUCUCCAUUGGCUCCCAACUCAUGUCCUUCAGUCAACGCAUCGCCAAGUCCGCCCCCGCCACGCACGAUCUUCACGAGCUCAUCAAACUAGGCACAACCUGCAGCUCCGAGUCUCAGGAUAUCAACCACCUCCGUGACCACGUCGCCGUCGUCAGCCAAUCUCCCAACCUCUUCGACGCCAGCAUCCGUGAAAACAUCGCAUACGGACGAGUAGGCGAGGAUAACGGGAUGAGCGACGCAGACGUCGAGAGGGCAGCACGUGCUGCGAACGUCCACGACUUCAUCAUGUCGUUACCACAAGGGUACGACGCCCUCAUCGGGGAGAACGCAUCUCUAGUCUCGGGUGGUCAAGCCCAGCGCCUCCAAAUCGCUCGCGCACUCGCACGCCCAGCCAAGAUUCUCAUUCUAGACGAAUGUACCUCAGCGCUGGAUGGUGCGAACCAGACAGCUAUAUUGGAGACGAUACGUGCUGCCAAGGUUGGGAAGACUACUAUCAUGGUGACGCAUAAGGUGCCUGUGAUGAAGAUAUAUGAUCGGGCGCUUGUUGUUGAAGAUGGGCAGGUGCGCGAGUCAGGGACUUGUGAGAGUUUGAUGGAGCGCAAGGGGGUAUUUGCGAGGCUUGCGAAUGGGGGCGAGUGGGUUAGCGAGUAG